UAUGGAUAUGAAGUUUCAAAAUAACCCAUAUUAAUUAAAAAAAUGCAAUAAUUGUGGAGAUUAAUAUCCUUAAUGUGUUUUGGUUUAACAUAUUGAAACUUGUGUGAAUAAUAAUUAAACAAUUAUUUGCAGAUAUUGUGGAGAACAAUAAUUAAGAUAACUAAUAUUAAAUCAUCUCACUAUUUGUAAGGCUUUUGAACUUGUAGAUAAGGAAGAUGGAUAAUGUGAAUAUUGUUAAGAUAAAAUAUUUAAAAAGUUCUAAUAAGAUCAUUACCGUGAAUGUACUGUUAAGAAAAAGGCUGAAAAAAAUUAAACUUAAAAAGUUUAGGAAUGCUCAAUAUGUCUUAUAGAGAUUCAAAAAUCUGAUUAAAAGGGAAUCUUAUAAUGUUGUCAUAUAUUUCAUAAAAUGUGCUUAUAAGAAUGGCAAAAAAAAAGUAAAAACUGUCCUAUAUGCAGACAUAAUAGCUGA